AGCUACAUCAGGCCUUGCAAUUGAUUUCUUCCUCAGUCUUUGCAGGCAGUAAGGCUCCCUUCUACCAACAGCGAGGGACAACUUCCUUAAACAAACCCGCAGCCCCCACAGCGAUCCACGAUGCGUCUCGCCAGCGGUCACGACGCCAUCCAGUUAGAAGGCGAAGAACUGGCGAAGGUCCAGAGAGACUUCGAAGGUUACAGCAAAGGCCUGGUUCGCCUGAAGCCCGGGGGUUGGGUGUUACCGGCGCCCUACCCCAAGUAUGCGGACAAACUCUACAAUACGAAGUUCCGUGAGACUGACGUGGUCAUAAUGACGUACCCGAAGUGCGGAACGACGUGGACGCAGGAGGUCGUGUGGACCAUGAGGAACAACCCGAACCUCGACCACCCGAAGGCCAGCGCCCCGAUCAGCGUUCGUUCGCCUUUCAUUGAUUCCGACAUGCUCAUGGCGAUGGGGAAAGAGGGAUCAAAAAGCCUGAUGUCCGAGUUUCUCAAAGGCGCUGUUCCGGACCCUGACCCCAACGAUGGCGUCGCCCUCCAGCUUACCGCCCACACACCUGACCCUCGAACCAUCAAAACUCACCUGCCGUUCUCCCUCAUGACCCCUGACCUCCUCGAUACGGCCAAGGUGAUCUACGUGACAAGGAACCCCAAGGACGUGGUUUUAUCCUUCCUUCACCACACACGCCUCAUGAAAAAUAUAAACUACGUGGGCUCCUUGGAACAAUUCGUCGAUUAUUUUGUUAAUGACCAGUUGAUCUACGGGCCGUACUGGGAGCACCUGCGCGAGGCCUGGCCCAGGAGGGAUCACCCCAACAUGCACUUCGUCUUUUACGAGGACAUGAAGGCGGACCCCAUGGCGGAGCUGAGGAAACUGAACCAUUUUCUCGGAACUGACCUGACGGAGGACCAGCUGGAGAAGAUCGCUCGGUACACCAGCUUCGAGGCAAUGAAAAAACACGAAAAGGGUGCAUUAGAAGGGAAGAACAUGGCUACAUUUGUUAAUGAGGAAGUGGUAAAGAAAGACGGAGGAUUUUACAGAAAAGGCGAGGCUGGUGGGUGGAAGGAUCGCCUCACGGACAUGCAGGCAGCCAAAAUAGAUGCUUGGACGAAGAAGAACACGUUGGAUCUCGGAAUCAACUUUAAAUAUUCGAUUUAGUGCUCUAGAUGUGUGGAUACAGUUAUAGGCCUGCUCUCGCUCUCUCUCUCUCUUCAUCCCUCCCCUUCUCUCUCAAAACCAUAUUCUCGUACCCUAACAAAGGACAUGUCCAUAGACGUAUUCAUUUGGUUCUUCCUGUAAGUACCCUUAUCUUAUCCUCUAACUGACUGUGUAUUUUGUUCCAUAUUACGACUUCCCUCUUAGUAAAGGACGUUCGUUUCUCAGAGCCCUUGUAUUUUAGGGAUAAUGGCUAAUGGUUGCUUUUUCUUUCCGUUUAUGGCUGCUACUAUUACACCAGAUGAUUGGUAAUAAUAUAAAUUAUGUUCUGCUGUUUUUUCCUUAUUUGAUCCUCCGAAAAACACUUUUUUAAAACCCUAUAACAUAUUCCUUAUAUUUACGCAAAAGUCUGAUGCUUCAGCAAUAAUUCCUGACUCGUUUGUUGUACCGUGCAUCUUGCGUUCACUAAAGCAGGUCACAUUAAUCCUGUCUAUACCUCUUUGCCUGAAGAAUCUUAAACAUACGUUAAGCAGACGACUACGAGUUGGAAAUUAUUUAUCCCUUGUGAUGUGAACACACAGUUAUCAAUAUAAUACACCCUAUG